AGAAGAGAGAUGCAUUUGGUAUGUGUGUGCGGAGGUGCGAGGGACAGUCUACCUCCUCCUCCUCCUCUUCCUCCUCCUCCUCCUCCUCCUCCCUUCCAUCCUCCUCGUGAAAAUGGACGGAAAAUAACACCCAGGAGGAAACCAUACAGGAAAACAGGAAAAUAUUACGUUUUUUGGAAAAGACUAUUUUUUUGGGCUGAAUCUGAAAAAAAAACUCAGAAAAAAGGCGAGAUUUUUCGAGUUUAUUUACGAGUGAUAAUGAAGUGACUAUUUGUUCCUACUACUACUACUACUACUACUACUACUACUACUUGGAUUGUUGUUGUUCGUUGUUUUUGCACUGGUUGUUAAUGGUGGUGCUGGUGGUGGUUGUGGUGGCGGUGGUGGUGGUGCUACAGUAUCUUAUAAACAAAAACUACAACAACAACUACUACUACUAUUACUACUACUACUACUACGGGCAGCGCUGGAGUCUGAAAGCAGCAGCAGCAGUAGUAGCAGGAGCGGCAGCAGCAGCAGGAUGGAGGCGCAACAGUUCUGCCUGCGGUGGAACAACCACGGCUCCACUCUGGUGGCGGUGUUCGACAACCUGCUGGCCACAGAGAGCCUGGUGGACGUGACUCUAUUUGCGGAGGGUCACUUGCUCAAGGCUCAUAAGGUGGUCCUCUCUGCCUGUUCACCUUACUUCCAGCGGCUGUUUUCUGAGACACAGGACCGCCACCCCAUUGUUGUCCUGAAGGAUGUGGGUCACGGGGAACUGCGCGCCCUGCUGGAGUAUAUGUACCGGGGGGAGGUGAACGUAGCGCAGGAUCAGCUGGAGCCCUUAAUACGCACAGCGGAGUCCCUAAAGAUCAAGGGGCUUGCUGACGGGCCGCGGGGAACACCAGGACCAGUAGCUCAGAGAUGUGACAGCGACGCCCCAGCAGAGUCGCCGCUCAGCACAUCAGGGGCUGUUGCUGGUUUAAAUCAGGGCACUUCAGCUUCCCAGGGGCCCGUGCAGGGUGACAGGGGCAAGGUGAAGGGUGAGGCAUGCCCGGGGGAGGCCAGGGAACCCCGCACGCCCCUUGGGGAAAGCCGUGUAGGCCCCAGGAGUGAGGGUUACCAACUGCCUCCAUCGUCUGUACCUUCUGUUCUAUCCACUGUGCUAACAAUGCCGCCUGCCCUGUCUCUCGCCGCCGCCGCCGCCGCUGCCCCCCUUGUCCCGAAAAUCAAGCUGGAGGGUCCCACGGCCCCACAGGACGCGCCCCCAGGCUCGCCCCUCGCCAAGAGAAGACGCAAGGCGCGACAUCGUUCAGGGGGCGAGAGCGGCCUGGACAGGGACAGCGGGGCGGACAGCGACGGCCGCUCGUCCUCCUCCCCCAGCGACCCCCUCCACCAGCUGCCCCGUAUCCCCGCCACCAUCACCCCUGUGGGACCGCUACACUACUCCUUACUGCGGGACGACCGGCGGGAAGACCGUAGGGACGAGAGGAGUGAGAUGAGUGGGACUGUCGGUAGUAACAGUCCUUCCCCUGACAGUGUAGGGGGAUCUAUCCGCGGAGACGCCCCUGUGACGAGUUCCCCAGUGCCCCGGCCUAUGUCAGCGCAUGGGCACACCUCCCCAAGUCCGUUUAAAUCGCUAGGAGGGAGGCACGAUGACAACAGCAGUGACGCUAAUCAUCACAGCGACGAGGAAGGGGACACGUUGAGGGGCGCCAAGCAGGAACACUCAGGGGACAGUGCUGGACCGUCAACCUCAAGGCUUCCCGCGGAUGACGCCCCUCACACACCCAGUUACCUCGGCUGGCCCUACCCCCAGGACCCCCCAUCCAGCAGUGAGGACACCCCCUCCUUCCCCUCACUGGAAAACACAAAUCAAGGAAUCUGGAAAAAGAAUUUUUUGGCACCAUAUUUCCCACCACGACCUCACCCUGGCCUAGGACCCCCCUUUCCCGGGCUGUAUGGACACCCCCCCUCAUCCCCGUGGGGUGGGAGGUCGCCACCGGGCCCUGGGGUGUUGGGGGGCGGCCCGGGGGUGCUGUGUGCCCAUGAGUGUUCCCGAUGCUCAAGGUUAUACAAGACAAGAAAAGGCUUGAAGCAUCAUGUUAAGAAUGAGUGUGGGGUGGAGCCCAGAUUCCAGUGUUCUCAUUGCGACUGGAGGUUUAAACAGAAGGCUCACUUGUUGAGACACGUGGCAAGGAAGCAUACGGCCACCUGAGGUCUCCCUGUCAUCCCCUACCAAGCCCUGCCAAGCUCUGAAAUUCCUGGUUUGUUUGGAGUUCAGUUCUCUUUACAAUUGGAGGUUUAAGCAGCAAGCAAGGAAAUGUACAGUAAUUUUGAGGUGUUCCUUGUCAUCCCCUGUCACUCCUGCCUGCCUCUGUCACCUCUACCAAUCCCUGUCAAGCUCUGCCAAGCCCUUUGUCACCUCUCAAGCAAAGUGGUAGCUUGUGAUGUGAGAUUUUAAACAGAAGCCUUUCCUGUCACCCCUGCCAAGCCCUACCAAGCCCUGUUGACCCCCACCAAGGCCCUCUCAAGCCCCACCAAGCCCUGUCAACCCCUACCGAGAUUUAUCAAGCCCCUGUCAAUGCCUGUCAAUCCCCUACCAAGCCUGUCAACUCUAUAAUCUGAAAAAAAAGUGUGGUGACUUGAAAUUUGAAGUGUAAAUGGAGGGAUUGAUUAAGUAAACAAUGACUUGCGGCCAAAAUGGAACUAAAUGGAGAUUAAAAAGACAUCAAAUAGGGCAAGUGGACAGAUUAGAAAUAAAUAGAAGCUGAAAUUGAGCAGGAUAGUCAGCCACAUUUACAAUCACAGACUGCCAACUUGCUACUCCUUGGUGUGAAAGAAUCUGCAGGAAAUUAAGUACAUGGCAACUCCUGUUAGUCCCUCAUGUGUUCCUGAAAGCAGAGUGACGGAUUCAGUGUGUGACAUGCUGACGUGGGGGAAGGCUGUCUGGUGGCUGGUCUAUGCUGUGGCUCACAAAAUGGUUGUGUUUGAAGUGUUGUCAUGCCUGGAGAGUCUACAGGUCCUCAUUACUAGUAUAAAUGUGUACUACAAUGGUGAAAUUUAAUGAAAAAUGUGCUGUGUAUGUAUUGGCAGGGAAAUAUUUGUGCUGGUGAAAAGAUAAUGAUGAUAUUUUUUUUUCUUUUUCUUAUUAUUAUUACUAUUUUUUUUCUUUUAGUUGUUUUGCUGUAAGAUAAGGCUACAAUAACUGCCCCUUGAUGCCCUGUAAGGUACCGCCAAACACCAAGGGGCGGCCACCACUGUGUACGGUGAAGCACAUCCCAGCAUCCCUCCUCACCAUCUUUUCCCUGCCAAUAAUGCUGCAUCAUAUUUUCCAGCUAACUUCAUUCUAGUGUAAAAUUUGUACUAGUAAUGGUGGCCUGUGCACUUCCCAGCAUGACCAGUACAGCACUUCAAACAAACACAGCCUUUUGUUAGCCACAGCAAGGUGCAGCCACAACAGACAGCCUUACCUAUGUCAGCAUGUCACUCAAUGAAUCCAUAACACUCAGCUUCCAGGAACACGUGGGGGACUGAUCUAAGUUGCUGUGUAGGUCAUUUGUCCCAGCAGACUCUUUCACAGCAAGCAGGGACGAGGUGGUAGUCUGUGCAGUGCGUCAGUGGUCGGAGUUCUGAGCCUGUGUCGCUGCAUCUAUGGCCCAGAGACCAAACACAGGCCAAACAGAGGCUUAGCUGAACCUAACACAAGCCAAACAGAGGCCCAGCAGAACCAUACACAGGCCCACAGAACCAAACAGAGGUCAAACAGAGCCCAGCAGAACCAUACACAGGACAAGCAGACCAAACACAGGCCAGAUAGAACCAAACAGGCUAAAUAGAACCAGACCAAACAGAAGCAAAUGGGAGGCUGGAGGCCAAAUGGGGGCUGAAUAGGACCAAACAGAAGCUCAAACAGAACCAAACAGGGUGAAAGGAACCAAACAGAGCCCAAACAGAGGCAAACAGAGGGUGAGGGGAACCAAACAGGCCCAAACAACCAAACGGGGCCCUGACAGAUCACAAGUAGUGUAAACAAAAAGACAAAACCUGUGAUUUUUUAUUUUUUUUGGUGAAGGAAACGAAAUUUUUGGUGAUAAUUGUGGUGCUCAAGGUGUGUGUGUGUGUGUGUGUGUGUGUGUGUGUGUGUGUGUGUGUGUGUGUGUGUGUGUGCACCUGGCACUGCAGAAUGGAACUGUCAACCCAGAACAGUGCCAAGGUGUGUGUGUGUGUGUGUGUGUGUGUGUGUGUGUGUGUGUGUGUGUGUGUGUGUGUGUGUGUGUGUGUGUGU